UAAACAGCUCUUAGCACUCAGUCAUUAUAGCUUAAAUCAACAACACCAGAAAUUAAAGAAAAAGUGUUAUUGGAAGUCUGUUCUUAUUUGGAGUUCAAAGAGUGCGAUAGACUCAUACAUUUAUUUGAAUAUGAACUCAAAUUCCGAAAAUAUUCAGUAUUCUAGCAAAGAAGAUUGCAUAUUAAUGCUUUUAGCUACCGGUGAAAAAACAACCUUAGGCGAAGAUAUCCAAAAGGUAUACCUCACAUGGCAAAAUCUCGAAUUUUUACACAGAAAGAACUUCAAUUUUUACAUGACCAGUAUGUUAGACGGGCCUUCUAAGUACCUUUAUGAGUCACUUAUGCAAGCCUUUGAAAUAUGGGAUGAUAUACAAAACCAAUAUGGAGCACCUGGUUGGAAUGUUAAAGAUUCAUCACUAAAUUCAGUAAUGAAAAGUAUGGAUGAGGAACUUUCAAACUUGCUUUACGCCAUGGAAUUGGUGUGGAAAAUGCGUAUCAAAGACAUUUUAACAUUGCGAAAGAAUGAAAUGGACGCAAAUGUUGAAAAUAUUAAAAUAACCCGAGCUUCGGAUCUCAACUCUGCCCUUGAAAAAGGAGAGAAUAGGAGGGGUAUGCUUGAAAAAUGUCCGGCAUGGAUACAAGAGCAAAGUGAAAGUGGAGAGGUAAUUACAGAUUGCUCACAAAUGAACGCUAAAAUGCAAGACAUACUGUGCUCAUGUAAAGAAGAGCAUCUGGAGAGCAAUUGCGAGUCUCAGCUAAGGAUUUCUAACCCUAAAUUGAGACAGUUUCAGGAAAAUAAAAAUAAAGUACAAGAUGAUAACCAAGAAGCAGAGAUAAAAGACUGCGAUACUCUUUUUCCAAUGGCAGAACUUCACGAGACUCCCACACCCGGCAGUUUUAUGCUUGCAAAUGAUUCUGAUAUGGAGUAUGAAGAAGAAGUUCACGUGAGAAAUUUGUUUCUCAGCGAAUCUCGAGAUGAUUCUGAUUUUGAGAGACAGGUGAGUCCACUGAGAAGCGAAGAAGAGGAUUGAUUUAGGGGUGACAUUUCAGUGAAAAAAAUAGUGGCACCCAUAUUA